ACACAAACAAACAUGAUCAUGAAGAUGCAAUCCAAUAAUCCUUUGCUGUUCAUCACCCUACAUUGCCUACUUGUACUUUCUGCUUCACAAGAUUUCGAUUUCUUCUACUUCGUUCAACAGUGGCCGGGAUCGUACUGUGAUACGAAACAAGGUUGUUGCUAUCCGAGUAGCGGAAAGCCGGCAUCAGAUUUUGGAAUCCAUGGACUUUGGCCUAACAGAAACGAUGGCUCGUAUCCUUCCAAUUGUGACUCUAGCAAUCCUUUCGAUGCAUCCAAGAUUUCAGACCUUACGAGCAAAAUGCAGUCGGAUUGGCCAACACUGUCGUGCCCAAGCAACACUGGGAUAACAUUUUGGGGUCACGAGUGGGAUAAGCAUGGAACUUGCUCAGAAUCUGUACUCAAUCAACAUGAUUAUUUCGCGACUACUCUUAGCCUCAAGAAUGAGAUCGAUCUUCUUCAAGCUCUACAAGGCGCAGGGAUUCAACCAAAUGGACAAAAGUAUAGUCUUAGUAGCAUAAAAGGUGCGAUUAAAGGAGCAAGCGGUUAUACUCCAGGGAUCCAGUGCAAUAAUGACUCAUCGGGUAACAGUCAGUUGUACCAAAUCUACCUAUGUGUGGACUCCUCGGCUUCGGGCUUCAUUGAAUGUCCGGUCUUUCCAAAUGGAAGUUGUGGCUCCUCCAUCGAGUUUCCUUCAUUCUAACUUGAAUGUUUCUGUGAAAAAAAUGUACGAACAUGUUUGUUCGUUUUAACUUUCUGUUCAAUUUGUAUGUGAUUUCAGUUUUACAGAAAUGCUUUUUUUCC